AUGUACAUCUUGUUCAUUGUUAUAACCUGUGGUGCCGGUGGGACAUUAACCGCCAUCGACAACUUGGAAGUGCUUUUGAAAAAGUACAAGUUCCCUCGUCCCCUUCUGCUUACUCUUGUGCUUCUUUUAUCAUGCGUUGGCCAUCUUCUAAUCUCCUUCGGCAUCCCCAACUGUCUCUACUUUGCUUCUGUGAUUAUUGGGUUCUGUUUUGGGGCACAAUGGCCAUUGUUUUUUGCCAUCGUAUCAGAAAUCUUUGGCCUCAAAUACUGUUCCACUUUGAUCAAUGUUGGUGGUGCUGCUAGCCCUAUUGGGGCUUAUCUUCUGAAUAUCAAAGUGGCUGGUAAUUUAUAUGAUGCAGAUGCCUUGAAGCAGUUGGAAGCUUUGGGUAGGGUUAGGAAAGCAGUGGAGGACUUGACUUGUGAAGGAGUCAAUUGUUACAAAUUGGCCUUCAUUAUACUGCAGUGGCUUUGUUUGGAAGCCUUGACAGGGAGAUUUGAUAGAGGUGAUAUUUACAAAAAGUUCGGAGAGGCAGCUGAAUCUGAUGUAGCUGCUUCAAGUGGCACAGUUCCUUUGACAGAAAUAGAGGCCAACGCAGCUGUUGCUGCUCACAGUUCAACCUCCUCAGCAGCACCACCGCAAGGAUCAGAGACCAACUUAGGGUAG